GAGAUCAGUUGAUUGCCAGCCACCGGGGAGACAGCUUCGCCAGCGACUAGAGAAUCAAUCAGAGCGGAAAAACAAAAAGCACUAAAAUUGGGAAUUGCAAUGCUGUACAUCCUCUUUGUGGCAUUUUUGGGCCUGGCCCAGGCCCAGCGUGUGGGCAAGGCCAUGAUGCACUUUGGCAACUGCAACUCGGCGGAGUAUGGCCGUGGCACUUGCAUCGAGAAGACCGACUGCGACUUUUAUGCCGUGGACAAGCUGACGGACUUUGAGAGCAAGCGGCAGUGCUUCUCCCGCCAGCGACCCGAUCUGGUCUGUUGCCCCCGUGAGACCAACUUUAUACCCUCGUUUGGCGCCAGGAUAAACAAUGGCACUGGAGCCACACUCUCGCAUCUGGGCACACCCCUCCGGCUGGAGCCUGCCCCAAACAACAUGGAUGCCUUGCCCCAGCAUCCGCACUGUGGUACAUCCUUCUUCUCGCGCGUCGUUGGUGGACGUGUGACCGACCUCUACGAGUUCCCCUGGACCACGCUCCUCGAGUACUCAGUGAAGGGCGGCGGUUUGGACUUUCCCUGCGGCGCCGCCUUCAUUGCCCAGCGGUGGCUGCUCACCGCGGCACACUGCGUCGAUGCCGAGAUAGUGGGUUCGGGCAGGACUUUGACGGCGGCCCGACUGGGCGAGUGGAACCGCGACGAGGACCCCGAUUGCGUGAGAAAAGUGGGUGGUGGGUAUGAGUGCGCACCGAAGCAUAUCCGGGUGACCAUCGACCGGAUUCUGCCGCACGCCGGCUUCCAGCCCAAGAACCUAACCAACGACAUUGCCCUGCUCCGGCUGUCGCGUCCGGUGGCCUGGCAACAGCUGGACAAGCAGGCCGUAGAGCCGGUAUGCCUGCCGCCGCAGCGCGGAGCCCAGGCCAACCAGCUGGUGGGCUCCGCCGCCGACGUCUCCGGCUGGGGCAAAACCGAGUCCAGUGAGAACAGCAAGCUGAAGCGAAAGGCCACGGUGACCAUUCAGGCGCUGGAGCCCUGCCAGGAGGCCUUUCGGUCAAAGGACGUACCGGUGGACGAGCGGCAGAUAUGCGCCGGCGGCACAGUGGGCGUGGACUCUUGCGGCGGCGACUCUGGCGGUCCACUGACCGUGGAGGCGAGCACGCCGCGUGGCGAUCGGUUUGUCUACCUGGCCGGCAUCGUCUCCUUUGGCCUGCCGGAGUGCGGCAAGUCGGAGUACUCGGCCGUCUAUACGCGGGUCAGCAGCUACAUGGACUGGAUCGAGGAGACCAUUCGCGCGAAUAGCCGUUGAUUUCAUCUGUAAUCCAUGAUUAUUCCAUUGUAAACAUAAUUAUAUCUUUUUUUUUUUUUAAUAAAUCAAUUGAAUAGA